AUGGGCAAAUUCCAGGGUCGCAAGCUCGUGGCCUGCACGGCGUGCCAUUCUCAAAAGCUAAAAUGCAGCGGAGAUAUUCCAUGUCACCGGUGCAUUCAACGAAAUAGAGAAUGCGUAUAUCCAAAGAAAGACAAAUUCAUCACGGUGCCAGAGAGUUAUCUUCGUGAUGUCGAGGAAAAAGCCAAUAUCAAUAGUCAGUUCAGCUUCUUGACUGCAACAGACGAUUCAACGACACUUUUCGAUGCAAGCCAACUGUCUCCUCCGAGUGACACGAGCCACUUAAAAGAUUCAUGUCCAGCAGAAGUCUUUAUACAGAAGUUGACAGACAUUUCUGCCUUACUACACCCAUAUAUACAGACAGAAUCAUGCCAGCCACUGCAAGUGGGUGAAGCCGGUGAACUACUUCCUUUUCGUCUGAAAUCCGAGGCUGGAGGACCUCAGAUUUUAGUAAAGCUUCCGACAGAAAAGCAAGCUAUGCAUCUUCUACGUAUCUUUGAAGGAGCAAACGGCGAAUAUCAUUGGUUUCUCCGACAACGAUUCAGAGAUCGGAUACGGCAGACAUACUCCCAGCCUACAAGCCACGUCGACGACAGAAAUUGGUUCUGCCAACUGUCCCUUGUUUUGGCUCUGGGUCAAGCUCUGGAGGGUGAACCAAAGCAAGAGUCCGAAGAGACUAAUGACCCAUGGGAUUUCAAUCAACCUUCAGCUCCAUUGGAUCUUUUUGGACAAGCUGUGUCUUUAUUAACCAUCUCAGAGACUUUAACAUUGGAGGACCUUGAAACAUUAAAUCUCAUGGCUUAUUACUGCCAUUUUACAAAUCGUCCAAAGUCGGCUAUUAUCUACAUAAGCCAGAGCAUAGCAUUGGCAAGACUACUUCAACUUGACGACCCAGAAACAUACAAACCCAGGAUUUCGGACCGGCAAGACAGUGAAAGCCAUCAAAUCACCAAAGAGCACAUGCUUCGACUAUGGUGGACGACAGUCUGUCUGGAUAAGACACUUGCCUCAGAACUUGACUUGACGCCAGUGUACUUGAGCCCAUCUCUGGAGUUGCCGUUGCCGUCUUCAGAAGGUUUAUCAUCGGAGGAUGAGGAGGAAUUCUUCGAUUUGGAGCUAUUAUUGGUAGAGAUUCAAUCUUGA